ACUACUCCUUACAAAAACCUUUUUCUUUCCUCAGAUCUAUUAUCUCCAACUUGUUGUUGUUCUCUGUGUUUGUCUGACUAUUCAUCUUCGCGCUUUUUAGUGAGUUUCUUUUUUAACAUUUUAAUUUUGGAGUUCAUAGCUUUUUGCUGGUGAUAAUGACUUUAGUUACUGUGUAUCUAAUUUAGUGAAAACGAAAGGUUGAUUGGAGAAUUGUAUGGUGUCACACGAAGAGAACACGGGUAUAGUGGAAUGGUUUCUUGGUCCGCAUCCAUUCACGUAUCCUCCUUAUGGCGUUGAGAUGAUUCACGAGCAAGACGAAGAAGUUCAUCAUCAUCAUUAUAAUCAUCUUCAGAGCGGUGAGUAUUACAGAGAAGAGGAGUAUGAAGAAGAUCAUCGUAGUAGCAGCGAUGUAGAUAACGACGAGAUCAUUGCAAGAACACUCCAAGACGAUUUUUUGCAGCUUCAAAUUGCAGAAGAUAAUAAUAAUAAUAACGACUAUUCAAAUCAAAAUCAACAACAACAACAUCAACAAGAAGAAGAAGAAGGUUAUACUAAUAACUAUAGCAGUAACAGUAACGAAUAUGGUUGGAACGAUCAAGCCGUUGUGGAUUACUCUUCAGAAUGGGUAGGAAACGAGAAUGAUCAAGAGGAUGAUUCGGCUAACAUAUAUUCGUGUUCAAGUCCGAGUGAUACGGAUGAGUAUGUGUACUCAUGGGAAUCAGAUCAGUGUGAGGCUGAUGGUGAAUUCGGAAGGAGGUUGAAUCAGAUGGUCCCUCUCCCUUAUGUACCAAAAAUAAAUGGAGAAAUACCUCCGGAAGAAGAAGCAGUUUCAGAUCAUGAAAGACUUCGGAAUAGGUUAGAGCUAUUUGACUUCGCAGAGGUCAGAGUUCCAGGAGAUGGUAAUUGCCAGUUCCGUGCUUUAGCUGAUCAACUCUACAAGACCGCAGAUCGUCAUAAACACGUUAGACGACAAAUUGUAAAACAGCUCAAAUCUAGUCCGGAUGCUUAUGAAGGAUACGUGCCUAUGGACUUCUCAGAGUAUCUAAAGAAGAUGUCUCGGAGCGGCGAGUGGGGCGAUCACGUUACAUUACAGGCAGCUGCAGAUGCGUAUCGGUUGAAAAUAGUAGUGUUAACAUCGUUCAAGGAUACAUGUUAUAUAGAAAUUCUUCCUACCUCUCAAGAAUCCAAAGGAGUAAUUUUCUUGAGCUUCUGGGCAGAGGUUCAUUACAACUCUAUCUACUUAAACAGAGAUACAUCUGCAACAGAGCUACAAAGGAGGAAAAAAUGGUGGCGUUUUGGAAACUAGACAGAGCCUUGGGGACCCCUAAUCAUCAAUCAGUUCAUCACUGAGAGUUUAUAUUAAUAUAUUUAUUGACAUGAGGAUGUUUAACGAUGAACAAACAAAAGCUCACAGCUUCGAAGUCUUACAAAUAAUAUUGUUUUCUUCUUUGAAUAAAAAGAUGAAAUUCUCUGCA